AUGGCGAAGGAUUUGCACGACAACGUGUCUCGCGUCAAGAGAUUCAAUGCCAUUGGUACAACUCUUUUUGUUGGCCUGCGCGCAGCAGACGUUUUGCUUCAGCAUGCUCUUCUUCAGCGCGGCUGGGCCAAGAAUUUGAUUGAACUAAUUGGCGGAACUUCGUUGAAGUCGAACAUCGUCCUCAACCCAGCGACUUCGCAAAUACAUCCUUACUACGGCAUCGUCACGUUCAUGGCUUUUGGUAGCAGCUUCAAGCAGAUCUACACCUCUCUCGCCAUGUCGGAACAAGACAUGCCACCAUCAUCGGCAGUAAUCAUCGCGCUUUUCAACACGAUCUUCAACUCGCUCAACACCUGCCUGUCUGUCUGGACCGCGACAUCUGCGCUGUCCAGCGCCACAACUCUAUCGGAGGUACUGGGGUCUCCGGCAGUCGCGACCGGUCUCGCAUUUUACCUGAUUGGCAUUUUGACAGAGGCGGCCUCGGAAACGCAACGCAUGAUUUUCAAGAAGAACCCCGCCAACAAAGGGAAGCCAUACGCCGGUGGCUUGUUUUCUCUUGCAAGGCAUAUUAACUACGGUGGCUACACCAUCUGGCGUACGGCCUAUGCCUUCACCUGUGGCGGCUGGGCCGUUGCCAUUCCGGUGUUUACCUUCUUCUUCUACGAUUUUGCCACUCGAGGUGUCCCAGUGCUCGAUAAGUACCUUUCGGAGAGAUAUGGUGAUUCGUGGAAGACUAUCAAAGCCAACGUCCCUUAUUGUUUGAUCCCCGGCGUUUAUUAG